AUGAAAUCCGUGGAGUCUCUUCUCACUUUCUCACUGUGGACUCUCAUCCACUGCUUGGAUUUUGUUAAAGCUGCAGCUGCUACUCUCAGCAUCCAUCCCGACAGGUCAGCCUUCUUUUAUUGUGAAACUGUGACUCUGAGCUGUGCAGUGCCAGGCAGCUUCAGCAGCUGGACGGUCAAGAGAAACACCUCCACAAAGUCUUCUGUUUCAUGUGAGACCUGGGGCCAAUUAAAUCGUUCAUCUUGCACCAUCAAAGGUGUCUACCCAUCAGACAGUGGAGUGUACUGGUGUGAGUCUGACAGGGGGGAGUGCAGCAACACCAUCAACAUCAGAGUGAGAACUGGUCUGAUCCUGCAGGGUCCUGCUGUUCCUCUGACUGAGGGAGACAGUGUGACACUAAACUGCUCCUAUAAAGAAAAAUAUGCAAAGGAGUCUACGUCCAAUUUCAGUGCUGAAUUCUACAGAAAUGGUACUUUUAUUGGAAAAAGGUCUGAAGGAAGGAUGAGCUUUAUUCAUGUGUCCAAGGAGAACGAAGGCUUCUACAAGUGUGAACAUCCGACAAAAGAACAGUCACCAGAGAUCUGGCUGGAAGUGAGAGCUCGAGCUCCAUCUACGACUGCUCCUCCUCCUCCUCCUCCUCCUCCUCUGAUGUCUCUUCCCAUGCUGGCAUACACAAUCUUUUUGUUCAUCCUGUUCACUGGUAUACUCAUACUGUGUAUAUCCAUGUGCAAAGGUUGACUCAAGCUGAAACGGAGACAAAAAUGAGAGAGUGUUAUCAUCUCUGACUGGAGUGUCUGAGGAUGAAGAUCAUGAUGAACAAUAACAAUCAAUGUAUCACCAGGAUUAAAGUAAAAAUUUUUUAUUUGUUUUACUUUUUUAACUUUAUAACUAUUUAACAGCUGAUGUUUUGCCUACACUGUUAGCUCAUGACUUGAUGAUCAAUCUGCUGUUUGCGCUGAACUGAAAACUGCAAAAUUCUCACAUUUGAUGUGUUUGGUUUAAAAGACAAAAACAAUGAUUAAGCCAAUGUCAAAAUAUACAUAAGCUUCAUGCUAGUCUUCAUUAGGGCUGCCACAAACGAUUAUUUUGAUAGUCGACUAGUCACCGAUUAUUUUUGCGAUUAGUCGACUAAUCAGAUCAUGCAUCGAUUGGACGUAAAA